AUGGGCAGGAGGGUGGCUGACCCAACCAAUCCGGUGCCUGCACUGGGGGUUCCCCUGGCAGGGGGGCGAUGGGGCCCGCUGUGCAGUGUCGGGGUGCAGACAUCUCCUGGACUGCGGACUCUUCCCUCCAUCAAACGACACAGAAGCCAACCGACAAACACACAACAGCCCCUCACCAUGGCAACAGACAGAACAACGGCAGCGGAGACAGGGGGAGAGACAUCUCAGAACGAAAUCAACAGCCUGACACAGGACGACAUGGGGUCACAAGGGUCAGGCAGUGGAGUUUACUGCCAGAUUAAAACUAUACAGACAAAUCCAAAGGACACUAGAGGUAAAAGGACAGCUAGAUAUACAAAUGGCAGUGUGGUAGCCUCUGAUGUGGUAGGAGGGGUUUGCAGUGAGGCCACAGAAGGCAAGGAGUCGACUCGAGAGAGGAGGAGGGUGCAGUCUCUACGUGGGGAGGGCCAUCGCUCCGUAUUAAAGACAGCGAGUGUUUGUACAACCGUGCACGCCACUCCACCUCGACCCUGUCGAAUGAUGCCGACUUCCCCGCCCCCGCUCUGUGGGACAUGUGGGAGGAGACGUUCGCAGCUUACACAGUGCACAGGCGCAUGCCGCAAGAGGGCUGUGACUCAAAUAACAGCCAGCCAGACUUUACCUAAUCCUGCACGUAAACACUUUGUGGCCCCCAACCAGUCAAGAAAAGAGUCUGCUCUGGACUCUCAGUCUCACAACAAAAACACAGAAACAGCAAGCAAAUCCACACACGCGUCAGCAAAGACUACUCAAAUACCACAUCUAUCACACACUAUACCAAAAACACACAGUUCACAUUCUAAUCACGUAUCACAAACUCAGAACAAAACAAAAGAUUCAAAACAGCAGACAAGGCCACAUUCGGCAGACUUUACUCAUUACAAGGACUCAGCCACACAAACAACAGACACUCUGACUAACAACACAGACCGGACUACAGGUACCGUGCAUACGCGACAAACGCACGCACCAACUGCAGAGGCGACAGAACCACAUUCAACAGACAAACCCAAGCAUGACCCGGCUAAAAUACAGCACACUGAUGAACACACACAUCAACACGCAUCAGUCCGCAUCAACUCUAAACCUCCAGGCCCUUCUCUUCUAAAUGACACAAAAUCUAGCAACACCCCACCUCUCCCACCAAAAAACUCUCCGAAAGAGAGUCGUUCCAAACCGGCCACACCUGUAGCGCAGAACAAAAACACCCAGGAGACUGCAGACAUUCCCAAAAAAACGUCCUCAGAACGGAUGAAACUCAAGGACUACACAAAACAGAAGAGCAAAUCAUUUGACGACCACACGCUGCCUUGUAAGACUCAUAUGAAAGCACAAUGUAACGGGGCGCCAGCAGGAUUGUUGAGUGGACGUACAGGGAAUGCGCCAUGCGGGCUGGAGAGGCAGCUGCAGAGAGUGGAGGAGAACCUACAGUCCAAUCAGGAGAAGAUCAAGGUGCUUCUCAAUGUCAUUCAAGACCUGGAGAAGAGCAAGGCCCUCAGCGAAGGUCGCAGCUCAUACAGAACUGGUCAGGACAUAAACAACUGCCCCACCUGCCAAAAGACAGCCUGCAUCAUCUACAGUGUGGAGCAUGAUUUCCGACAGCAGGAGGGACGCUUCCAUGGGGUAAUGGAGGCCUUGGAAGGGGAGUAUGAUGUGCCUGCAGCCACUUUGACCAAGUCCACGCCAACCCCUUCUUCCUCCAGCCGCCUCAGCACCAAGGCACGUGUCAAGAAACUCCGCAAGAAAUGUUUCUGGUGGCUAUAAAUUUUUGGAAGAACCACAAAAGCCUUUCUGGCCAGCAGAUGCAUACAAGUGUGUAUUAUGUUUCAUGGGACCCCGAAAGUUCUACAGUAAAGCAUCUCUCAAGUGGAUCAUCAAGUGGAUGUGCAGUAUAUUUAUGUUUCAUGAAAGUCAGGGGGGGCGGGCAUUUUUCCAAACAGUAACCCCGCUCAUGGCACUUUAUCUAUGGCGAUCCAUUCUCAGCUCUGAAAAAAUACACCAGGGGACCAUGCAGAAAAAGAGGAAUAAAAGACCAAAGGAGCUGCAGAACUUUCUUCUCUGAUCUGCCUAAGAGGGAGAUUGAUUAUCCCGCUCCUCUCCCUUCUCUCUGUGGGAGCCAGACUUAAAAGCUAAUUUGUGAUUAACUUUUGACUGAAAGUUGGGAUACUGUAAAAAACACAAAAGAUAAGGAAUGACACUUUGGAUGACAGACAGGCAUACUGCUUGUCACUUGGCUGAGUGGCUGUCUAGACAGAUGGACAGAUGUAUGAAGGGAUUUAUGCCAAGUUGGAUUCAUACCUACAGCUGGAAAUGAAUCUUCACACAACAGUUUUGGCUACAGCAAUAAACAGGGGAAUCAGAAUGAUUCUGAAAUCCAAGGAAUUCAACAGCUAAUGGGAAUACUGUGUCUCUGGACUGCUCGACAGCCAAAAUUUGAAUGUAGCAACAACUGAAGCGCUAAGAGGAUAUGAGUGGAAAACAAGCUGAUGAGCUCUCGGGUAACAAAAAGACAGCCUGGUGGAUGGAUAUCACAGUUUUGGAGAGCACAGUGGAGAUUGUAUUAAAAAUACAUUAAGAGACAAUGUGAUAGGCAGCUGAUCAAAGACUGACAGGCUGUGUCACAUAAUUAAAAAUUCUGUCAACACUGACUGAGAGAGUGAUUGAUUCUCUCCUUUAUUACCAUCUAAAACAGAAACGUUUUGCUGUGAGCUCAAUCUUGCUUCAAGGAUUUUCACACACACGCACACAAAUAUAUACAUACGCAUACAUAUAUGCACAAAAGGACACUUACAGGCUGUAACGCACACAUGCAAUGCACUCACUGAAACACAAGCACCUAAUCCACCCCCCUCCCACCACCACCAUCACCAACACACACACACACACACACACACACACGCAUACACACAAAUAUACUUAUGAACCAGAACAAACUAGGGGUAGACCAGUUAUCACUUCACUGUUAGUUACUGACUUGUAUUCAUAUUUCAUAGAUGUAUCAUUAUUGGUAAAAUCUGAGCCAAUAAGGCAGAGAUAAAUUCUGUUUGAAUUACAGUGAAACUAGCUGUUGAUGUGUGGAGUAUUUCCUAAUUUCUCAUUACAAAAAUUAUGCAGAACAAUUCUCUGCUGACCACAUGUGGAGAGCACAAAACCAUCUGCUUUCAUAUUAUUUAGCACCCACCAACUGUGACUGUCUGUUUCAUUCAGUGCAUACAGUAAAGUAACCCAAAAAAUCUAUCCAAUCUUUCCAAGCAGUUAUUCCAAAAUAGCAGAUAUCAGCUUGCUCACAUUAAAUUCAUAGUAGCUGAUCAUUCUGUUAUCUAUAAACCUGGACUGUAGCAUUCAGACUGCUACUGCUGACUGGUUACAUAAGCUAUGAUAGAGCAACAAAUUCAAUGCUAAAAACAUACACAACAUGUCUACACAUCUUGUCAAAAUGUAAAAAAAAAAAAAUCUAUUUUCAGGCCAAGGUAUGUUGUCAGAUUUAAAAAUGAUGUUACCAAACAUUGUCUAUGUAAAAUCAUAACACAAUUAGUAGAAGAAAACAGUAUUUUAUAAUAAAAAAAACUACAGUAUAUAUAAGCAGACUUGUCAGUUAUCAGAAAGUAGAACUCAAAAAUCUGUGAAAAUCCUGUAUGGGUCUAUCCCUGUUGCACACACAGACACACACACACACACACAAAAAGACACACACCAUUUGCACAAUGCUUAGUUCAAAGCAGUUUAGAGCGUAAACCAUUAAUCUCACAAGGGCCUACUUCAGCUGCUUCAGGCUGACGAGUUGCCACCAAUUAGAAUCCUGGAUGAUACCACACAUACUAAUUAACCAAUCCAUAUCCAAAAUGCCCUGCCCUUGCAUUUUUAUAAGCUGUCCCAUAACGAGUGUGUGAGCUCCCACGAUGCCCCUCUCUUCCUGAUCUUCCUCUUGUGUGAACAAUAAAAAUAUGUAUUUUGAACAAAAUGCGCUGUUGUUGACAUACUUUGUGAUUCAGAAUG